GAGCCUGCUAUGCUCUUUCAUUGUCAGAAUAGAUUUUUCGAUGUAUAAAACGCGAAUAUUUAUUUAAAAUUACAUAUUAUUUCCAAAAAAAUGACUGAAAAUGGAUAAGCCAGAGAAAGAUAAUAUACCGACCAUACAAGAUAAUUCUGCUGGUAGUGCUGACAUGACUACUCCGCCUAAUAAACCCAAAAAUCGCGGUAAAAAACGGAAACGGCGAGACAGUGAGAGCAGCACAGACUUAGAAGACAUUCUUCCAGAGAACACUCUUGAAGUUGAAAAGAAUCUCCAAGCAUCAGCUAUUAAAAAUAAUCUGGAUGAUGCUAGCGUUAAAAAGAUUUUGAAGAAAGUGGUGACAAAUGACCAUGUGCUGGCACUGGUCAAAUUACGUGAAGAGGAGGAGAACUCCAGCUCUGUGCAGGCCAGUCUUCAGCCCAAACUGACCCGCGCUAAAGUCAAGGAGUUAAUGAAAGUAUCGCCAAAAUCAGCGCCAUGGAACUUGGAACUGACUCCAAUCAAACACAUACCGGUGAAGACCAGACCGGAGGUGGAAGCCCUCAUCUCCAAAGACCUGCCUGAAGAUGAAGAUGAUGAUGAGUAUCAACCUACUCACGAUGAUGUCCCGAGUGACGACGACCAAACCCUGGAGUCAUGCAGCGACCUGGAGUCACAGCCGCGCACGCCCGCCACGCCUGGCAGUAUCCACGCCAGUCCCAGGGUGCUCAAGGACGGGCCCUUCAAAGUGCCAAUGAGCAUAACAACACCAACUCGUCGAAAGCUUAUAAUAGAAGAAGAAGAGGCGACAAUUGCACUCCGGACUCGGUCCAAACUGAGUUUAUCGUCCACAUCAAUCGAGCAUAUAGAGAGUUCGUUCGUGCCACCUGAUGAAGUACCGACUCCAGUGGUGGAUGACCUGUGGAACCAGUUCUUAGAGCAGUGUUUGAACCCCGCAGAGGUGUCGAAGCAUGAAGACGACGAUGAGGCGGACCCGGAGUACAAUGUUGCUGCUGAUCCUGACGCGCACGACGAGGAUGAGGAAGCCCUAGAGAACAGCAUCAUCAAGAUAUCCAAGAAGGAGCUGAAUGACCUGGUGACGGAGCUGUUCAGCAUCAUGCCGGAGGUGACAGCUGACGACCAGCUCGCCGAGAACCUGGCGAACAACGUGCUCACUGACAACAAUGCUACUGAGAUCUCAAGCCACUGGGAAGGCAAACAAGAGCCAAUGUCGGAAGACGAGAAAGAGAAUCAGGAAAACAAAUUCCGCGCCCAGAAAAUAAAUCAGCAGAAAAGGGAUAGCGCUGUUAGAUUUUCCAUUGGUAAGAGCGAGCCAGAAGAUUCUGAAUAUAACGAUGCUGGGGAGAGCAGUGGAAUAGAAGUGAAGAAGGGACAGCAAGCUAAUGUGAGGAUUAUACACAAGGUCCUCCCGCACACAGUGAACAUCUCAGUGGAGGAGAAGGCUGUGCCGCUUCAGCCCGACAACGUGCCCCCGCCGACCGGCCCCUCGCCGCCGCAAACGGCGCCCCCGUCGCUGCGCUCGCUGCAACAAGGAAACACCACGCGCCUCCAAGUGCAAAUUGAUAGCUCUGUCACUGUGUUACCAGAACAGAUACAGAUCCUGCAACAGCAGUUGCGGCAGCACAUACAACUGGCCACCUCCAACUUCCUGCAGCUAUACGUCAACCCCGUGCAUUGGAAUCUCGCGCCCACCUACAAGGAGUACUUGGAACAAUUCAGCAACAUGGUGCAGAAAGACCCGAAUUCAGUGGUGAACGUGUGUAACUUGAAGCCGGCAGUAGAACUGGUCGAGGGCUGGCAGAAGACUGUCUCCCAAGACACGCCCGAGAAUAAGAAGAUGGUCGAAUUUAUCCAGGAUGAAUCCGAGAGGAGCCGACGCCGCUUUCACCAGAACUCGUUGUACAUUGGCGAAUUCCCCGAGCUUUUCCUGCAAACUGUGGCCAAUAGCGGAGUGUUCCUGUAUCCGUACCUGCUGCCAGCUAUGCCGUACCGCGCCGACAGCCACAGGAAGUUCUCGUACAAACACACUGAGGACGAGUUGAUAGCCCUCGGUCUCGACCAGUUCUGGCAGUACAUAGAUGACAAUCCGCAGUUGUUCAAGCGGUCUCAGCACUCAAAACGCUCGAACUGGGGCCUGGCGCAGUCGUGCGCGCUCAUCUGCAAACAUAUGUUCCCGUGGCUAACCCCCAGGUGGCUGCAGUCGCAUAUACACCGGGCCAAGAAGGACAAAGAGAACCCGCUUUAUAAAUUCUUCCAAAAGCGUGAGAUAACGCCAGUUAAACACAAGAUCCUGCCGUACAAUCCAGCCCUCACCUUGUAUGAGCAGCCCGAACACGAGAUGCCGCGGAUCUGGAUACGAUACCUCGCUAAAAGCAGCAAGAGGUUCAGGACUUACCUAUACAAGCGAAGAUUCGCAGGUUUACCGCCAGACGGCGUACCUAUCAAAAACAACAUCAAAGAGCCUAUCAAAAAGCCUUUACCCAUCGACUUCACAAAACCUAUCAUUUGCAAUAGAAUUUUCAACGACCCUAAAGAUAUUCCCCCCUUGAAAGACAAAUUUGACGUGCAAAUAGUACCAGGGAAUAAUGAAAAUAUAGAGGUUGGUGUAACCGUUGCUAUAACUCCUGGUAAUCUGGUCGCGGCAAACGAAACGUGGUCUAUUGGCAACGUUGUUGGGAACAUGAUGACUGCUGUCAAAUUAGUUGUAAAUAAUACAUCUGAAGCCGAUAAAACUAUCAGCACUGCAGAUAAUACUAGUAUUAGUAAUAUAACAGCUACUACAGGGAGUAUUACAGGACCUUUAAUGAGUAUUAACGCAGGCGUUAUAACACUGGAGCCCACUAAUAUAGGGAACAACACAAAUAACCAAACGGAUGUUAAUACGACAAAUAUAGGUGACGCCAUAAAAGUAACCGAAUCAGUAGAUGCAAAAACUGAGAGUAACGAUACAUGUGUAGAAAAUUUGACGACAACACGGAAUGUAGCCAAAGCGAUAGCAAGUUUGAUCCCUGUAGGUAAGAUACCUAAUGUUGUAAGCAAAGAAAUAGCUACAGACGGUGAAAUUGUACGCAAAAUAACAGGCAAUAACACAAAUCCAGCUCAAAACAGUUACGUACUCCCUCCAAACAUGUACAGAGUAGUUCCAACGAGUCUUGGAGCGUAUUUAGUACCUCUAACGCCAUUACCAUCUACUGCUACAGUCAAUAGCAUCAACAAGCCUAUAUCAAGCACUGUUCCAAAUACAAACGACGUUUCCGGACCGUCGAAAAACUCUAUUCUGACAGAAAUAUUGAAACAAGCAGAAAGACUAAAAACCCACUGCCAAUGUUGCAUCUUGAUGAAGAAGAUUUGUAAGGAGAAGCAGUCUCUGAUAACAGACUUUUUCAAGACAAAGAAAGUUGACGUAAAAUGUGAAUGUACAUAUAGAAAGUACCCGAGAAUCACAAAUAGGUUAAGAAUGUUGGUUAAUAAUUAUAAGAAUCGAUCUCGGUGCGAGCAAAAUAAAUUGGAAGCUAUGAUGGGAGCUAGGAAUGGAACUAGUGACCUGUUAUGUGAGACAGAAAAGGAGUCAAGUGAAGAGAAUCGUCUUGAUGACUUAGCAUGUGUAACGUCCUACCAAAUGAAGCUGACCAUUAAAUCCGCGUUAGUGCGGAACAUAUACACGAAGAAAAAAAUACACACGCUGUUCUCAACCUUUGACGCUGAUUCGCACGACCCGCUCACCCUCGCAAAAGAAAUGUACAGAGCUCUAGAAAUAGAACUCCUGGAUUUGUACAAAGAGUUUGUAGGAUUCCUAACUGCUGAACAAGCGGACAAGAUAAAUAGAUUCAAGGAUUACUUCGUCAAUAGAUGUAUGGGUGAUCUGUUGAAAAGAGUUGAGGUAGAAAUAACAGACGCAAACAAAAGAUGGACGGUCCUGUGUUACCUCAGGACGAUAUUCAAUGACAACGUAUCGACAUCAUGUCAGAUAUGUACCAGGAUACUCGCUCUAAUCAUGGAUUACCCACAACUUGCUAAAUAUGUCUUCGCGCUAUUCCCGCAUAGAAUCGGCAGGAAGGAGGACAGCUGCAAUAAACCAACGCCACUUCCAACCCCAAAAGAUCCGACACUUCAUCCACUACCUUCAGAACCUGCAUCCGAUGAGCUUACACAAGAACGGAUCGAGGAAACAACCUUAACAAAUGAAGAAGUAUUGGAAGCGGCUGACGAAAGACUGACGAUAGAUGACACACAUACUAUGAUGGAUUAUGAAGCCGACCAUUCCGCGUGUGACGACGAAGACGACGGCAACCAAUCAGACGCUGGCAGCCGGAGUACCAGCAGAUUAUCACACACUAGUCAACCAAUCAAAUAUGAGGAAGCAACGUCACAAAACGUGCUAGACACACCAGAACUGACAAUAAGCAAGACUGAAGUGCAGGACCUCUCCGAAUCGACGACUAUGUCUCCUUUAGUUAUGUCAGAGGACGAGCCACUCAAGGCCGAAGCACCUGAGUGGAAGAGAGAGGAAGAUAAAUUGAUUUUAGAACUUCUACUGCACCAUCUCUCGCCACAAGAACGAAAGGAUAAGACGAUCCUAGAAAUUUUAGACGAGAAAAAUGUAUACCAAAUGAUAUCAGUAAACCUACCCCAUAAAUCUAUAGCCGACGUUAAGGAAAGAGUAAUGUAUUUAUUGGAAAUUCUAGUUUUAAGUGAAUAUUAAUGUGUAAGUAAAUAAAUACUAUGUAUUUAUU